CUCUGUGCAACCUCCCAGCCCUCUGCCUCCAAAGCUAAUCAUUCACUGAACCAUCAGUAUUUGACAAUGUGCCCUGGGAUCAAUAUGACUAACUGGGUUUUGUUUAACGGGCACAGGCAGACAGUAAGGCAUCCCACAUGCAGAGCAGCAGCAACCACAGCUUCCUCUGUCUUGACGGAAGGCAACAGAAGAAGCAGGUGCAUGCAAAUAACAUGCAGUCAAGAUUACGCAUCUCAGGUCGUCUCCUAAAACUGCAGUGGGAGCUGCUCUUUGAACAAAAGCAGGAACUACAGACUACUGGGGACAAGAACUCAAGGAGAGGAGCCAGGAGAUCCAUCACAUCCUCACCACAAAGCAAAGGAUAAUCAUGACUAUCUGAAUUUUGAACAGAGGGAUCUGUGCAAGAAUCAAACAAGAGGACUGUGAGCAUUCUUAAGCACUGCUUCCUGAGGGCAGCCCAAAAGACGGUUAAAUAUCAACUUCAUUCGUCUGCUCUCUUUUUGGGUUCUGGCUUUUGACAGGAGGUCAUUAACUUUGUUUUCUUUCAGACGAUGGACUUGUCCUCGCUGCCGACUUCAGCGAGUGAGAACAAUAAGCAGAGGACAGGCACACGCUUCACUGUCCGCUCAGCCAACUCUCCCUCUUACAGUCUCACUCGCAGAUCAGGUAUAAGGAAAAGGGAGAAUGGGGACAGCGUUGUAGAAAAUGAAAGACAAGGGACUCCCGUUGGCACAAAUGGCGCAUACAGGGAAGAAGACCCAGUCACUGGAUAUCAGGCCCGGACAAGGAGCAGCUAUGUCAAAGAUCAAAGUGAGGACAGGAAUGCACGAGGCUAUCAGCCACCAACAACACUGAACCAGAACGGCACAGCAGAAAGAAACAUCACAGGAUCUGCUUGGGAUGGAGGAGAAAUCCCAGAGUUGAUGAGAUGCAACUUGCCAGGUAGAAGUAGGAGCUUAAACUCAGCGGCCAGGAGCCAAACUCAGAGCACCAGAGCUGACAUGACUGCAUUGUCAUUCAAGAGAAGUGCUGUCCACAGUGAAAAUGCUGGAAAUUUAGAGGAAAAGAGUGCGCGAGUUGAGUUUGACUUGACGGGUGGGGUCCCUACUGCUCUACAUGGCCGUAGAUAUGCGGGUGAAGGUUGUUUUCAAGAAAGGAGUCCAGUGAAUCACACAAACCAGACGUUUGAACGGAGCAACUGGGGCCGGUCUCUGCCUUCCAGGUUUAGGUCCGACUCUUUGCCCACCUCAAAGUCCACAGAGAACUUAUUUGGGUCCAGUGGUGGUCGAAGUAUUAAAGAGCGGAUCGAGGAACUUUAUGGGUCAGCGAGUGACAAGGUAGCAGGAAGAACCUUCCCCAGGCGACUCUCAUCAGGCAACUGUAGCAGUCCAGCGGAAAACACAAUAUCACAAAUCUGGGCUGCCAAAAACAGUGCAGGCUCUGAAGCAGCAUUUACUCCAGGGUCAAACCCAUCUGGAGAGGAACCACCAGCACGACAAUUGCAAAGCAGGUAUACAGAGGCCGGCGACUGGGGGAAAGGGAUGGUAGAAUCAGGCACUAGGUCCCUGGACAGAGCCAGGAGUAGGUUCACUUUGGCAGCUCAGAUUAGAUCUGACAGGACAGCUGGAGGGCUAACUUCAUCUUUUAAACAGAACACUUUCCCCGAAGACACUCACAAGGACUCAUUUGGAUACAGAAAAAGUGUGACUGGAAGCAAGGAGGACAUUAAGGCUGACCAGAGAGCGGAAAUGGGUGAUGUUGGUGUUUUGAAAGGAAUGUUGAGAGAAAGCACUGAAAGGGUUCCAAGACAGGAGAGAGAGACGGAUGAAAGAGCCAAACAACAAACCGAAUUUAAGAUCGGUUCAAAUAAUGAAAACGUGUUCGAUUCAUCUCCACAGAAGAUAGCGCAGAAAAACGGAGAAGAUAAGAAAUGUCCAGAAAAGCUGUCGGGCCGCACUGCAACCAGUGUGAGAAAUAAGAUCAGCCAGUUUGAGGCUUUGACGCAGAGAGCAGGGAGCCAAGUUUCCCUACCCAGACGCACCUAUUCUGUGCCGGGAGAGCUCACCAGAGAGCACGAUGGCCUGAAGAAGAGCCUGUCAGCAAAAGAAAUAUGUGGACGAAGACAUAAAUGGGAGGGGCCGACACAGGGAGGUGGUGAAGAGAUGGAGGUAGGCAAAGGAAAGACAUUUGGCAAAGAGAGGUCUUCUUCUGUUGAUGAGGUUGGACUGGGAUUAGUUAUGGCAGAGAAAGGAGGAGUGGAUUCAAACAAAAACAACUUCUCUGAGGAUUUUGAGAAAUACCGCACACUCAAGAGUUCUCUGCACAUCCCUUUAAACAAAGAAGCUCAAACAUGCAGCAGAAAGAUUCAUGUUGACGAGACAGAUUUCUCCAAACGGUCAAGUCCCAAAGAGUUGAGCGGGAGAGAGGUGGCGGCUAACAUUGUGCCGUCCCCACAUCCGUCCUCUUUGCAGCCCACUCAGCGCCACGAGAGAAACUCCCCAGCUAGUGAUGAUGACAAGACCCCAACAAACAGCCCUCAGGACUCUCCUUUUAUUUCACCCGCACAUCCAGGAAACACCACUCUUAUCUCGGGACACAAAACAACUCCCCUUGUCCCCAAUGCAGACAAAACAGAGGCUCCGGACCCUCCUCCUCUUGUCUCCUCCUCUCUCUGCAGCCUCUCUGACAAUGUCAAUUUUGACGCUCAGAAAGGGAAGAAAUCACUUAGAGACUUAGAGGCUUGGGUAGCUGGUCUGAUUCCAGAGUUUGACAGCUUCAAGAUGGAUGCAUAUGAUUACGAGGAUGAUGAUGAUGAAAGCACUCAGAGGGAUGAGGAUUCAAACUAUGAUUCGGAUUCCGGGGAGUCCUCGGUGACCAUUACCAGCAAUAUGAGUCAGUCUGAUCGCAGGAGCUACAGUGUCAGUCUUUCAGACCUGUGUAACUUUACUGGAGCUGACUAUGAAUCGGACAACGACCCUGACGAAUGGCCGCCAUCAGGUCGGCGUUCUGUCUCACUCAGCUCAGAUGUGUCCGGCUUCUCCUGUGUGUCUCUGCUGCCCACUGAGGAACUUGACCGGCUGGUGGAGGACGUCAAGACCCUGGGUGAUGAUGCAUUGGAGGACUACAGCAAUGUGCAAGUGGUGGUUCUCCAUAAGGAGGAGGGAGUGGGUCUGGGCUUCAGCCUGGCAGGAGGAGCUGACCAGAACAAGCCCAUCACUGUUCACAAGGUUUUUCCAUCAGGUGUCGCUGCCCAGGAGGGUUCCACGAGGGAAGGAGACCGAGUUUUGUCCAUUAAUGGCACUGCACUGUGUGGGAGUGCCCACUGGGAGGCCCUAAGAGUCCUGAGGAGGGCAAAGACUCGCAAGAUGGGAGUGGUGGUUUUGAGGAGGGGGGAUGUCAUAGGAGCCCUAAAGAGUGAAGUUCAGGAAAAUGAUGAAGGACAAACGCAAACUCAGCAAGAAACAGGUCAGCGUGUGUGCGUUCAGCUGGAGAAGAAAAACAGAGAUCUGGGCUUCAGCCUGCAGGGAGGUGUGGCCUCCUGCGAGGGAAACAGACCUCUCACUGUGCAGAAGAUCUUUCAGGGCGGUCCUGUUGACAAGGUUUGUCCUGGUGAUGAGUUGCUAGAAAUUCAAGGCAUAAGCAUGACGCAGAAGAGACGACUGGAGGCCUGGACUUUCAUAAAACAUCUUCCGCCCGGGCCUGUGGAGGUGGUACUACGUCGCCCCAUCAAACAUCUGCAGACGUGAAGGUUGUGGAGUAGCUUGAUGUUAAGUGGGAAUGCCGAAUGGACUAGAGAGAGCUCUACUGACAGUGACAAAAAACUCCCAAGAAAUGGAGAGGACAUGAGAAUAACUUCCUGUGAGGACAGACAGGUCAAAAGUGUUUUUUUUCCCACGUCCUCCUUUUUCACAGGAUGCCAUCUACCUCAGGACCUGGGACGGUAUUUAGUAAGCCAAAUCUAAAAUUCACCAGUGGCUUGUACGCUUCACACAGACAACGGCAUCUAAAACAUGCAUUUUUGGCAGUUAAAAGCAUUUAAUAUGGCACUUGUAACUUGUAACUGUAAAUGUAUGUUGUAAUAUACUGUGAAUAACAGUUUUUUUUACAUGAUAUUUAGCUUUUUAAUAAAUACUGACACAGAUUAAGUUUGUUUGAUUUGUUCCCACAUCCAGUAGAGGGAGGUAGAGCCGCGUCAUAUAUAUCUCUCCAGAAGACAGAUGGAGAAAGAACUCUUUCCUACAAUAUGAAGUAAUGAAAGAUCCAAAAAGUAGAGUUGGUGACGUGUUCCCUAUCUAAAUUGUUCAGAGACACAUUUUGGCAGCUGUUUGAUCAGGUUGAAUUAAAACAGCGGGUUUUCCGGUCCGUCCUUAGCAGCAUAAAAAACUCAG